AUGGCAAACACAUGGUCUGUGUUCCCUUACUUCGAUAAGGUCGUCAAUGUCCUAGGUUCAAUGCAGGCAAUCAAUCAAGGCGUUGAUCCUUCUCAUACCGUCGCAAUUCAAUGUCUUGUUGGACGCACUUUCGGGAAAUUUUUUGUUCUGAAUGGCCCAGCCAGUGUUGAUGAUUGUUAUUCUGGCAUGAAGUUGGCAUUUGGGGCACCUCGAGAGCUGUUUGCUCCAACUCGCAUUGGAGGACAUAUGUCUAUCCCUCCACUUGUACAGGCAAAUUUUGAUGAGUUGGUUAAUGCCGCUGCACGGAAGAAUGCAGACCACCUUCGGGGAAGUAAUCCAAACCACUUGUUGUAUGUCAAGCGGCAGUUUCCUCUAUGGCGCUGGGCUUGGCAUAAAUACGACUUCUACGGUAUUCCGACGUUCCUCUUCGGGAUCUUAGGGCUGGGUUUAUUGCCUAUUGUUGCCAUCGCCAAGUGGAAAUAUACCAGACAGCCUCCAAUUGAGCUGUUCGUAUUUGCCGCUGUGUUUACAUUCACCGAAGGCUGCCUGAGCAUUCUGUUGGAUAUUAGUAAAAGAGAGGUCUGUUACAUCAGAGUGACAGAUAAGGAUGUGAGUCCGAAGGGAGAAAACAUGUGGGAAGCUCUUUUUGAAAGGGCACGCUGGAACAUUGGGCCGCCUCCAGAUGCUGAUGACGGCACUGGAAGAGUUAAAAAAUGGAACGGUGAGACGAGUGGCAGUUCUAUCGAGACAUAUUGCGGUACCAGUUAUUGCGGUUAA